AGUGUGUUUUAUUCUAAGUGACAUGUGUUCUAUGUUACAAAUAGACUUUGAAUCAAAACCGUUUGUAACGAUUUGGAAUGCUCCGUCAGAAAAAUGCCUGCGUUCUUUUAGAGUGGAUAUUGACCUCAGCGCAUUUGACAUCGUCGUAAACACUGGUGGUGCAUUUGAAGGCGACAACAUGGUGAUAUUUUAUGAACUUGGACUGUAUCCGUACAUCGAUGAUGAUGGGAACUUUGUAAAUGGAGGUCUUCCUCAGCUUAGCGACCUGGGCAGCCACUUGCUGAAGGUUAAACAGGACGUCACGGCCCUCAUACCCGAUGCGAACUUCUCCGGGCUCGCCGUCAUUGACUGGGAGAGGUGGAGGCCAAUCUUUGAGAGGGACAACUACAACAAUGUUCAGAGACAGUACAUAACGGCUUCCGAAGAUCUCGUGCGCAAGGCGCAUCCGGGAUGGUCUGACGAACGCGUUUAUGAGAAAGCGAGGCAAGAAUUUGAAAAUAGGGCAAGACAGUUCAUGGAGAGAACUCUCGUGCACUGCUCUAGCAUUCGUCCUCAAGGAAAAUGGGGCUUCUACGGAUUUCCAGGCUGCUAUAACUACCACAAUCAGAGGACAUGCGACACUAACACUAUGGAACUGAAUGAUGAGCUAGACUGGAUGUUCCAGGCAAGCUCGGCCCUUUUCCCAUCCAUCUAUCUCCGAGAGAAGUUUGGCAACCACCAGGCACGUUAUGACAGGGUUCAUGGUAUCCUAGGGGAGGCGAUUCGUGUGAGCAACUUAUACGGAAGUCCUUAUCAGCCCCUUGUGGCGUACACACGAUUUAGAUAUGGCGACACUAGCGAGUUUUAUGAUGUGACUGAUCUGCAUAGCACACUUGGUCAGACGGCGGAAGCUGGGUACAACGGGGCUGCACUAUGGGACAGUCACGCCUCGUUUGAGACACGUGACCAGUGCUUGGGCAUGCGAAACUACCUGGACACCACUCUGGGACCGUUUCUAAAAGCUUUGCAAGAUGCGGUGAACAAAUGCAGUCGAACUAAAUGUAGUGCACACGGACGAUGCAAAAAUAGAAUCAGAAGUAGGGACAGAGAAUAUGGAGACAAAUAUAAAAAUAAAACAAAGCCCUCGAGGGCCGUCUUGAGCAUUUGGGAAACGAUUGUUUCAGUAUUAAGGAUUCUUUGGUCCAUACUUUUGAAUUUUGUGAACGGAGAGCGUUCAUAUUUUGAAAACGUCGGUGAUGUAUCUUGUGAAUGCUUUCCUGGUUGGAAAGUAGCAACAAAACUGACAAAGACCACUGCUGUUAGUGUCGAUUGGCCCUGAAGUAUUCUUGUGACCCGUGAUGUGAUCUUAACCUUUAAAUAUGAGAAAAACCGAAAAGUUGUGUUAAUUUAUCGGGAACAUAAAACAUAUUAAUACAUAUGUAAUAUUGAAGCAAUAAUGAUUAUUUCUAUACUCUGUACUGUCCCUCAGUAAUCCUUGAAAUAAAAAAAAAUGUUAAUAUAUCUCAUGAACAAACAAAAUUAACUAAGGGCAAUAACUCUUAACGAAAGCAAGUAAUGAUGCAAGUAAUUCUUAUUUCUCCUUAACCCAUAUAUGAUUACAUAAUGUUUCACAUGAAUUCCUUAAAUCUUGCCGAGUUAUAAAACACUGACGAAAUAGGUGUGGUCUUGGACUCCGCAUUUAUGGUAAUGUCAUAUAUCAAUGAAGAAAGUUGUGUUUAAAUAAUAAAAUAAUAAUUAUUUGAUUUAUUUAAAUCUGGCGAUUUUCUUUUUUGUGAGGCGUUAAGGUCCGUCCGUUUCGUGCUCUAAUUUAUUAUUGUGUCUGAUAAUUUAUACGACACGGCCGUUUUACCACUGGCGAUUGUAAAACGUAUUGCCACGGCAGUUAUUUAUCUCAGGAACUUUUAUUGGAUCUUGGUGGCAAAAAAUGUAAAAAUUAAAUGUAUCCCUCUUGUUCAUGCUUAUUGUUGCCUAACACGAUUAAAAAUUUUGAUCUAUAGUGUUCUACAAAAUUAUUUUGUAUUGGAUGUAAACGGUAAAACAUAUUGAUACAAUAUGAAACUUUAUUUGCUACGCAUUGUAUAAUGACGCUGAUGCACUCUUCGUGCACAUUUUCAUACAAUGGAAAUGUUGGUUGAUGGAAAUAUACGAUUUACUACAUAUUUUCAAUAUAUAUAUAUUAAACGCGGUGAAUGACAUGCUUUAUCAGCUCUGAGACCGAAAUUGUCUGAUGUUUGUUGACAAUAGGGCACCGGUAAAAACGACGUGCACAGGGAUCCUCAAUAAAGAUGUCAAGAAAAAAGCUUCCACGAUGUGUGUUUUGUAAGGAAUGUGAUUAGUUUUAUGUGUGCAAAGAUUCCGUUUAUGCACUAGAAACAGCACAAACCAUGUUCGUUAUUACUCUAGAUGACAAAAUGUGACUACAUGACCAUCACGUGAUCUCCCGCUCGGUUCAUUAAGAAACAGAACAAAAUGCUUUGCAUAGCGAAAGUGAUGCUCGUCAUUUUAAUGUGAACUAAGCGUAGAUUUUUUCGAUUUUAUUAGAUAAAGAUGAAGGAGUACAAUAUUGUACAAAUAUAAACACACCGAGUGUGCCUAGAAUAAGAAACAUUGUGAUAUAUGUGUGAAUAGAAUGUGACAUGCUCAUGACAUAAAUUAAUUAAUAUAAACGGAAUAAAGCACGACCCUCUAAACAAUACACUGGUAUCGUUAUUUGUUUCAGUAUUUAAAUAUACCAGGUCAUACUUACAUCUUCUGAAAUGUUAUACUAAGAAAAUAUAUCUGAACCGAGUUCUGGUCUUGAAAAUUGUGUUUACAUGUAAUGAACUCUUGAAUACUUAAACAAAAAAUACAUUAUGGUACAUUUCAGACCAGAAUUUACGAAGUAUAGUUCUUAAUGUCAUUAAACAAUGUUUAUAAAAAUUUGUUAAAUAUGUUCUACGCCGUUUCACUGUGUAAGUAUUUAUAUAUAAACAUGUUUUAUAAUUUGUAAUACACUUGAUGAUGUAUAAUCGUAUAUUUCCCGCUGCGAUCCAAUCUUGUCCGCUUUGUGUUAGAGAUGUUCCGAUGACAAUAAAGUGACCAAUCAACGC